GGCGGCCUUGUUGGUUUGACGUCCGACUUUCCACUUACUUCAGGCUAGAUUUGACCAUAUAAAGAAACUCUCUUGCAUUGAGCGCUUGCAACAGGUUUUCUUUGUGGACGGGUUAAUUGGUCAACCCCCAAACUCUGCCAAUAGAAGAAUUAAAGCUGUAGAGUGAAGCACGCGUCACCAGAUUUUGUAGUAACUGUAAUAUAACCAUCCACAAAAACCAACGUGAUGGCUCUUCUUUUGGCUGCAGCACAAGCUGUUGCCAUGGAGGCAGAAGACUCAGAGGCUGACAAUCUGACAAUUCAGGAAGAUGAUGAAAAUGAGGAUGGUGUCACGUACCAUAUGAAGGAGGAAGAGAAACUUUGUGAUGAACUGACUGAGAUGAAAAUGGAAAUUGAUGACAAAGGGACAAUGCUGUCUGAAACAUUUAGUGACCUCUCUGGCUUACUUGCAAAAUAUCAUGCUAGACUAUCAGCUCGAGAGGAUCUUUUACAUAUCCGUGAAUGUGAGAAAGGUUGGUCGGAAAAAGUUGACAAGAAUGAAACAGAAAACUUAAAAACUGAGCUACUAGAGAAAGAAAGACUGUUGUUAAAGUAUGAAAACGAUUUGACGAGAACAAAAUCGAUAUUGUUCAAGACCCAAAAUGAACUUGAAAAGAAAAUUUCUCAUGUUACUCAGAAGGAAGGUGAGCUGACUUCUUUACAGAAUGACUUGCGUGCGUUGCAUUCUGAGUUGGUACGCACUCAAGGACAAUUAUCUCUCAAAGAUACCCUUCAUGAGAAGCUGCAAUCACAGAUGCUGGAGGAAACCACCAAAUACAAGAAAGAGAUCUCUCGGUUGCAGACGGCUUUGUGUCUGAAGAAGACGGGAAUGAGCUUGAGCGUACAGUCCAGUGAACAGCUUUCACAGAACGCAUUUGACAAUGUCAUCGAAGCAUCACACACAGUCCCCGACACCAACCAAAGUUUAACUGAAGAUGACCAGGAAGAUCAAACUAUCAGGAUAAAGCAAGAACCUCUUGACCCAGAUGAUCAAAUCAUCGUUGAGAAUAAUCAAACAAAACAGGUCACAGUCCUCAAUAGUGCUCCUGUAAUUACGAAUGUUCCUGUUAUGACAAAUGCUCCAGUGACCACAAGUAUCCAGAAAGUAGUGCCAGUGUCGGUCAGAAACACGAAUACCAACCCCUCGUCGAUGGUGACGGUGUAUGUACAGAGCACUCCCAGUGUUCCAAGUGUCCAGCCCCCGCUCAGAAGGUCCACCAGGGACAGGCAAGUUAUAUCAACCCCAACAGUGUCGUCAACAGAACCGGACCCUAACCAGAAGUUUCUUUGCGGUCGCUGUGGAAAACGCUUCAUCGAAUGGCUACAACUCCAAAAACAUCUGGAAACUCAUUCGGGAUCACGACCAUACAAAUGUAAAUUUUGUGAUAAAGCAUUCCGACAGAAAUAUGUCUUAGAUACCCACAUUCGGACACAUACUGGAGAGAGGCCUUAUAAAUGUGACCAGUGUUUACAGUCAUUUGGACAGAAGGCAACUCUCCUUAACCAUAUGAGAACUCACACAGGAGAGAAACCAUAUUUAUGUGAAUAUUGUGACAAAUCGUUUGCCCAGUUGUCAAGUUUGUCUGCACAUGCGCGUACACAUACUGAAAAGGAAAGCCAACUGUUCACCUGUGAGCACUGUGGAAGCAUUUUGGCCGAUAGAACUGGUUACCUUAGACACUUGAGAACAAUUCAUAAGAUAAAUGUCAUCGAAGAACUAAAACCUGUUAACAUGGGUGAUGUGAUUAAACCUGUGCAUCUGUUAGCAUUGGCCAGUCAGGGCUCGCCAUUACAUGUUCCCACAUCGCCAACUCAAGAGCUUUCAAAUGAUGGUGAAGAAACUGAAUGAUAGUGAUAGUGAAGUCCGAUAACACCAUUUUCUUGAGAGGGGCAUAUGAAAGCAAGUUUUAGGGACAUAAAGUGGCCAUGUUUAUAUUUGAAAAAUGCACCCAUAGUGGACUCAUGAAAGAGAAAUCUGAAGAUUAUGUUGUUUUAAUGAGAAGCACAAGAGGACAGCCAAAAUCAUUUGCAGUCUUCAUGCCUCUGAGAGAGGAGUUAAGUUACUGCUGUUCAUCACUUGUGUAUUGUCUAUUCAUGUAAGGGGGGAGAUUAAGUCGGCGGAAAGUGAAGAUCAACUGUCCGCUAUGUACAUGUAGGAAGUAAAAAUGAUAUUGCCUUGUUUUGGUGAUAUGGGGAUUUAUUAUAAUUGUUUUUUUAAGGAUCACACUGUUAUAAUGAAUAAUUUCUUGAGGAUUGUUCUUUUCUGUGGCUCUGUAAAAUUUUGUGUUAUAUAUUCCCUUUACAGGAUGCGGUUUACUGAUGGAAAAAGUUGAAAUGGUGCCUGUAUUCUAUUAUUGCUGACCAAUUUAAUGAUGUGUCUAGAAACAAAAUGAUUGGUGGGGUUAAAAUGACAAUGGGGAAAACUUAAAUCAUGACUGUAAUUUUCUAGACCUUGUAAAUCAAUGUCAUAUACAAUGUCAUAGGUGUAUGAAUAUAAAUAAACCUAUUUGUUGUUAUUAAA